GCGGGCGCCUCUCUCAUGCCUUGUGAGGGCAGAGGGAGUGGGCGGGGCCUCCGGGGGGGGAGGCGGAGGCGGAGGCGGUUGUUUGGAAGAGGAGGGGGGCCCAUAAGUGUCUUGGGGAGGGUCAAAGGUGAGAGGUCAGGGUUCCGAGUGGUGGCCCCCGAGGGGGGUGGGGAGGCUUCGGCGGAGGAAGAACUGAGAGGCGCUGGCAGGAUGACGAACAUGGCGGAUAACCACAAGGAGAGCUGGGCGGCCCUGGUUGCUGCAGCAGAACAGUACCGGCGUCAGACAGGCAAUGAGAUAGUGCUGCUCACCGCCUUCAGGGCCCCACCCCCUGGUGGCUUCAGCUACGCACAGCAUGGAAGUGGGGCUCUGGCUGAUGCCGUUCAACGCUACCUCGAAGAUAUCGCGGUGGUUCAUAAGACCACCGCCUUUACCUAUGCUGCCCGUCCUCCUUCUGCCCCUCGCCCAGGUCCCACCAACGGGUCUUACUCCAGGAGCUGCCCCUCUACCAAUGCCUCAGAUGAGCCUGCCCCACACAGGACACCUACCCCCCAGGGGCCCUUGCCCCAGGCCUCUGGAGGCCAGGAGCCUGAAGAGGAAGACGAUGAAGGAGACAGGAAUACAUUGACAGAAUUGGAGCAGCCAGGUGGGAGAGAGCAACCCAGUGACACCACUGGUUUGUUUGUGAUGGACGAGGAUUCUCCAAGCCAGGAAUAUGAGCCUUUCUUCGACUCUGAUCUGGAGAGCACUGACGAUGGGAGUCUAAGUGAGGAGGCUCCUGGCCAGACAGCCCCUCCACCCCUCAGCCAUCAGUAUGCCAAGUCCCUGCCUGUCUCAGUGCCUAUCUGGGGCUUCAAGGAGCAACGGCAAGAGAUGCGAUCCUCUGAUGAAGAGAACAGCAAGCAUUCGUCCCCCGACCUGGAGAAAAUUGCCGCCAGCAUGCGAGCUCUGGUGCUGAGGGUGUCAGAUGGCACAGAGAUGUUUGGGGACCUGCCUCGGCCGCGUCUCAACACGAGCGACUUCCAGAAGCUACAACGGAAAUACUAAUGGAUUUGGUGGCCCUUUGUCUUGCCCCUUCCUCAGUUUGUGCCCUUUUAUUUCUCCCCCCCCCCCAUCCAAAUCGGUGGACAGGGUUGGAAGCUCCCCUCAAGCCAUACAGCUCGAAUCCCCCCCCCUUUUCCCUCCCUACCCUUCCGGAGCUCCCACAAGCUUUAAAUUAAAGUGAUGACCUCAAUCUCUACACUACAGCUGGCGUGGAGGGUCCAAUUGCCUCCCGUUCUCUCCACGCCAUAAAUUCUGUCCCACUUUCCCCUUCUAUCCUAUCUAAUUGAGGAAAUACAGUUGUUUUUUUCUGAGCGGGGUCCCUGACACAUAGAAGAGGGAAAUGGAACACUGCGGACGGAUACUGACAACAAAUACACCCCCAUAUCUGUUCUUGCCACCACCAUCAACCCUUCCAAUCUACCCCAGCAUCUGGCUGCGGUGGGUUCCCUUGGUCAGUUCCCUGAGGCCCCCCCCCUUUUUGCUUUCUUCCUCCCAAAAUAAGUGUCUUAAAAUAUCCUUUGCACAUAAGCUGGGUUUGUCUAUACACUUGACCUAACUGACCCUUUGUAGAGCAGGGCAGCAAUGGUGGGGGAAGGAAUCCUGUCGUUUUGUGCUCGCCCCACCUCCCCCACUCCCCAUGCAUAGCUCUCUCCCAAUUUCCAGGAGCGGUACUUCAGGGUCCUUUUUUCCCUCUUGGGGGGAGGGGUGGUGCAAAGGUGGGGCUACUCUCACGGCAGGCGGGAUGUAAAAGCGGCUCUAGGAGUCACCUACACCCCUCCGUUUAUCUCCCACCCACCCACCCCCUCGCUGCCCCAGCAUAAUACUUUUGUAUCAGAUUUUUCAAGGGCGCUUUGUUGCCCUGGCCCUCUAUUUUUGUCCAAAGAUGAUUGGUGAAUUUGGAAGGGAGAGGAUGUAUUUUUCCCCCUCCUUCCUGCAAACCUACAAGCCAAUAUUAAGAAUAAUAAUUAAAAAAAGCUGUCUUUUACCAACUC